CGGCGGAGGUCUGAGCGCGAGCCUAGCGAGCCGCGGCGCCCGCCGACCGGGGACGAGCGCGACUCCCGGGACCUCGCUGUGUCCUGCGCCGCCGCCUCCUCCCCUGUUGUCGCGGAGACGCACGCUCCGGCCCGCGAUUCUCCUCCUCUUCCUCCGGGAGGGGAAGGAGCGGAGAAAGCCGAGCGGCUGCUCCCGGGGAGAGCGAGCCGAGGCCCCUGCCCCCGAGGCUCGCGGCCGGCGGAGGCGGAGGAAAGUGCGCGUCACUCCCGGGAGGCGAGCGGCGCACCUCCAGGCACCGGCUGCGCCUGCCAGUUGCGUCCGGGCAGAAGCCAGGGGCUCCCCGGCCAUGGGGAGGAGGUGCGGCCCCGGGGACGCCAGGAGCUCCUCUCCGUCUCUUUGGACCGCUGUGUAGGCACCUGAGUGAACCGACGCUAAGCGGGGGAGGGGAAGUGACAGUGUACCAUGUAUACCACUGAUUCCAGGGGACAUUCCCCUGCUUUCCUACAGCCUCAGAAUGGAAACAGUCAUCGCUCAUCUGGUUAUAUUCCAGGGAAGGUUGUCCCACUGCGUCCCCCUCCUCCUCCAAAGAGCCAAGCUUCAGCCAAAUUAACCUCCAUCAGACAAGAAGCCCGGGCCACCUUUGCACUCUCAUCUGAAGAACAGCAAGCACAGAGAGAGAGCCGAAAGCAGAAGAGACACAAAAAUACUUUCAUUUGCUUUGCGAUUACUAGUUUCUCAUUUUUUGUUGCACUUGCAGUCAUUUUAGGGAUAUCCUCAAAAUAUGCUCCAGAUGAGAAUUGCCCCGAUCAAAAUCCCCGUCUCAGGAACUGGGAUCCAGGACAAGACCCUGCAAAACAUGUUGUUAUCAAGGAGGGAGAUAUGUUCCGUCUGACCUCAGAUGUUACAGUGAAUUCUAUAGUCAUUCAGGAUGGAGGGCUGCUUGUAUUUGGGGAUGAUAAAGGUGGAUCCAGAAACAUUACCUUGAGGACUCGUUACAUCCUGAUCCGGGAUGGUGGAAUGCUUCAUAUUGGAGCAGAAAAAUGCCGCUAUAAAUCCAAAGCGACAAUUGCCUUGUACGGCAGGUCAGACGAAGGCGAAAGUAUGCCAACAUUUGGCAAAAAGUUUAUAGGUGUGGAAGCUGGUGGGACACUGGAAUUACACGGGGAACGGAAGACAUCGUGGACAUUGCUGGUGAGGACUCUGCAUUCCUCAGGCUUGCCCUUUGGGUCCUACACCUUUGAAAAGGACUUUCUCCGGGGCCUCAAUGUCAGGGUCAUCGACCGAGAUACAGCCAAAAUUUUGGAAAUUGCAAAGUUUGAUACCCAUGAAUACCACAAUGAGAGUAGGCGACUUGAGGAAUUUCUGAGAGUCCAGGAUCCAGGACGGAUUGUUGCUAUAGCUGUUGGAGAUUCGGCAGCCAAAAGCCUCUUACAAGGAACUAUCCAGAUGAUCCAGGAACGCUUGGGAAGUAAGCUGAUCCAAGGACUGGGCUACCGGCAAGCUUGGGCUUUAGUUGGUGUCAUUGAUGGUGGAAGCACUUCUUGCAACGAAUCUGUAAGGAAUUAUGAAAAUCAUAGCAGUGGUGGGAAGGCUCUUGCCCAAAGAGAAUUUUAUACCGUGGAUGGUCAGAAGUUCUCUGUGACAGCUUAUAGUGAGUGGAUUGAAGGUGUUUCUCUUUCAGGUUUCCAGGUAGAGGUUGUAGAUGGAGUGAAACUUCAUCUGCUGGAUGACGUUAGCGGCUGGAAACCUGGAGACCAGAUUGUGGUUGCAAGCACAGACUAUUCUAUGUACCAAGCAGAAGAGUUCACUCUUCUCCCCUGUCCUGAAUGCAGCCGUUUUCAGGUCAAAGUCAAAGAAACCCCUCAGUUCCUGCACAUGGGUGAGAUCAUAGAUGGUGUGGACAUGAGAGCAGAGGUUGGAAUUCUCACCCGGAAUGUUGUGAUCCAAGGAGAAAUGGAAGACUCGUGCUACGCAGAAAAUCAGUGCCAAUUCUUUGAUUAUGAUACCUUUGGAGGACAUGUCAUGAUAAAGAAAAAUUUUACUUCAGUCCAUCUUUCUUACGUGGAAUUGAGGCGCAUGGGUCAGCAGCACCUGGGACGGUAUCCUGUUCAUUUUCACCUGUGUGGAGACGUGGAUUAUAAAGGAGGGUACAGACAUGCGACAUUUGUGGAUGGCCUGUCUAUUCAUCACAGCUUCUCGAGAUGCAUCACUGUGCAUGGAACCAAUGGCUUGCUGAUAAAAGACACCAUUGGGUUUGAUACACUAGGUCAUUGUUUCUUUUUGGAAGAUGGUGUUGAACAGAGAAAUACUUUGUUCCACAAUCUGGGACUCCUCACCAAGCCGGGCACACUCCUCCCCACUGAUAGGAACAACUCCAUGUGUACCACCAUUCGAGAUAAAGUGUUUGGAAAUUAUGUCCCUGUGCCUGCCACUGACUGCAUGGCUGUUUCAACUUUCUGGAUCGCUCAUCCCAACAAUAAUUUGAUUAAUAAUGCAGCUGCAGGCUCACAGGAUGCUGGAAUAUGGUAUUUAUUCCACAAGGAACCUACUGGGGAAUCCAGUGGAUUGCAGUUUUUAGCAAAACCAGAACUCACUCCAUUGGGUAUAUUUUAUAACAACAGGGUCCAUUCAAGUUUUAAGGCUGGCUUAUUUAUUGACAAAGGUGUCAAAACAACCAACUCUAGUGCUGCUGACCCAAGGGAAUACCUCUGUUUGGAUAACAGUGCACGAUUUCGGCCUCAUCAGGAUGCAGAUCCUGAAAACCCACGUGUCGCUGCUCUGAUUGACAGGCUCAUUGCUUUUAAAAAUAAUGAUCAUGGAGCUUGGGUCAGAGGAGGAGACAUUAUCGUUCAGAAUUCAGCAUUUGCAGAUAAUGGAAUAGGAUUGACCUUUGCCAGUGAUGGAAGUUUCCCAAGUGAUGAAGGUUCUAGCCAAGAGGUAUCCGAAUCUCUCUUUGUUGGGGAGAGCAGGAAUUACGGCUUUCACGGUGGUCAGAACAAGUAUGUAGGCACUGGAGGAAUAGACCAGAAGCCUCGGACGUUACCUAGGAACAGGACAUUCCCAAUUAGAGGCUUUCAGAUUUAUGACGGGCCCGUUCAUCUCACCAGGAGCACUUUCAAAAAAUACGUGCCAACUCCAGAUAGGUACAGCAGUGCGAUUGGCUUCCUCAUGAAGAACUCCUGGCAGAUAACGCCCAGGAAUAACAUUUCCCUUGUGAAGUUUGGUCCACAUGUCUCUCUGAAUGUCUUUUUUGGAAAGCCUGGCCCCUGGUUUGAAGAUUGUGAGCUGGAUGGUGAUAAGAACUCCAUAUUCCACGACAUUGAUGGCUCUGUGACAGGAUACAAGGAUGCUUACGUGGGAAGAAUUGACAACUACUUGAUCCGCCAUCCAAACUGUGUAAAUGUUACCAAAUGGAAUGCAGUGGUCUGCAGUGGCACCUAUGCCCAGGUCUAUGUACAGACAUGGAGCACUCAGAAUCUUACCAUGACCAUCACACGAGAUGAGUACCCGUCGCACCCCAUGGUGCUCCGGGGGAUUAACCAGAAGGCUGCCUUUCCGCAGUACCAGCCUGUCAUCAUGCUGGAGAAGGGCUAUACCAUCCACUGGAAUGGGCCAGCACCACGCACUACUUUUCUGUACCUCGUAAACUUCAACAAGAAUGACUGGAUUCGAGUUGGCCUCUGCUAUCCAUCAAACACAAGUUUUCAGGUUACCUUUGGCUUUUUACAACGGCAGAAUGGCUCAUUAUCCAAAAUUGAAGAAUACGAGCCUGUGCAUUCAUUGGAAGAACUGCAGAGGAAGCAGUCUGAGAGGAAAUUCUAUUUUGACUCUGGCACGGGGUUACUGUUUUUGUAUCUCAAAGCUAAAAGCCACAGGGAUGGCCACAGUUACUGUUCAUCUCAGGGAUGUGAAAGAGUCAAGAUCCAGGCAGCGACAGACUCAAAAGACAUGGGUAACUGCAUGGCCAAGGCGUAUCCACAGUAUUACAGAAAGCCAUCGGCAGUCAAGCGGAUGCCAUCCGUGCUUACUGGACUCUGUAAAGGCUGUGGCACCCGUCAGGUGGUGUUUACUAGUGAUCCUCACAACAGCUACCUCCCUGUGCAGUUCCAGUCGCCCAGUAAAGCAGAAACUCAGCGCGGAGACCCGUCUGUUAUUUCUGUCAAUGGCACCGACUUUACCUUCCGAAGUGCAGGUGUCCUUCUCCUUAUUGUGGAUGCGUGCAGUGUUCCGUUCCGGUUGACAGAAAAAAAGCUUUUCCUUCUUGCUGAUGUCAGUCGCGUGGAAGAGUAUUUAAAAACGGGAAUUCCUCCAAGAUCAAUUGUUCUGUUGAGCACAAGAGGAGAAAUAAAGCAGUUGAAUAUUUCACAUUCGUUAGUACCUCUGGGAUUAGCCAAACCAGCUCAUCUUGGCAACAAAGGGAGUACCAUAUUUUUGGGAUUCAGCGGAAACUUUAAACCAUCGUGGACUAAGCUAUUUACCAGUCUUGCUGGACAGGGCCUCGGGGUGCUUGAACAAUUCAUACCUUUACAGCUGGACGAAUAUGGUUGUCCCAGAGCCGGCAGUGUCCGCAGAAGAGACCUGGAACUGUUAAAGCAAGCUUCAAAAGCACACUAGAGACUAACUGUAACUUAAGUGCUGGGGAAAGAAAAUGUGAACUAACUUAUUUAAUUUAUGGCAUUUUAAAAUGACACUGUUAACCCAAUGGAACCAUUUUCCUGUUUGAUACAAAAGGGGGAGAAAAAGAAUUUAAAGUGAUUGCUUGAAUAACAGCUCACGCACCUUUUAGUAGUACAAAAUGUUAAAGAGUUUAUUUGUAUUGGUAAGGCUGAUGUAUUCAGAGAACAGUUUUCUUAUUCCUCACCUUCCACCCCAGUGGUUUGUAAUGACCAUAAGCAUUUCACUUGUAUGAGGCAGCAUAGUGGGGUGGGGGCUUCUGAGAGUCAGCCUGGGGUCUUUAGAGGACCAGCUAUUAUUGUAGCACCUUGGAUACUUGAAUUCUAAUGUCCAGUUGUGUUGUGCAGCUGUUGACCGGGUGUUCAGCAACGCCUGGGGCCCUGUUUCUGGGCAGCCUUUGAGGGUUUCAUGUGAUUCUGAAUGACAGAGUUUUAAGUGGCAACUCAGGCCCAGCUCAUGCCCUUUUUUGCCUGGACAUGUGCUAUUUUUACUUAUUUGUAUACUGAUUACUUCUAAGGGUUCAACUUUCAAACAGGAAGUAUGUUGGGACAGAAGGGCUUUUAGGGAUUAGAAAUCCCUUUAAUCUGUGACUAUUGGGCAGAAAUUUGAUCUGCACCAAGGUCUGAGGUUGUUGGGACCAUUUUUGCAGCUUUAAUCCUUAGCCUGUUUUGACUGUAUAUUUGUGUUUAAAAUGCAGAGCUAAGCUAUUUACAUUUUUUUUUUUUUUAAAAGCAGGCCAUUUUCCUGAAUUGUAAACUUGUGUCGUUUUAACUUGCACAAAGGAAGUCUGUUCUUGGUGUUGCUCUUGCACCUGGGGUUUUUUGUUGUUGUUUUUUUUGUGUGUGUGGAUUUUUUUUUUAAGGUUUUCUGCUCACCGUCCUGCCAGGAAAAUCCCAGAAAGCUUAAUGAUAUCCCAGAAUGAUUGUACCCAGGUGGAAAAAAAAAGAGAGGGGAUUUAAAGGCUAGAAUCAUGGAGGCGAUAUUUAGAAAUGAACUUCUUUAUAGCCUUUUAGGAGUGAGUCAUUCUUAAUUAAUUAAAUUGUGAAAGCCUAUUAAAAAGGGCGCCAGGAUGCCCAAUUUCCCUUUGCACUGGGUGCAUGCAUUUCCUGCCAGUGAGGACUUAGGUGGCAAAUGGAGAUUGGCUCCCCAGCCUGGGAUGUCGCCACGCCAAGAGGAAAGAAUCAUUACCAUGCCCUUAUGUUUUUAUAAACCCACAACAUGUGAAGUGUAGAGGAGGCGUGGCCAAGAGGCGGUGGUAGGUGGUGCAUCCGGCUGACAUUGGCAAUGAUCACAGACAGAUUCACUCUCCUCUGCCAAGGGUAAAGCCUGAUGGCCUGUACCUUCUGUUCCUUUGUGUCCAGGAGAAACUGCAGAGCAGCUCUGGGACUUCUGUUACUUUACAAAACAUGCUACCUCAAAGUGCUCCCGAUAAACCUUUCUAACUGUAGGUGCUCUUGCUAAGGGCACGUGUCUUCAUGAAAGUUUAGUUUUUUGUUUUUUGGUGUGGUUUUUUUUUGUGUAUUGAUGAAUGAGAUCUUACCCAUUAAAUAUAUUAUUGGAUCAUGGUUCCUGAAGGUGAUUAAAGUUUGUGUGUAUGUGUUUUUAUGACUUAAAUAUCUUUUAUGUGUGUUUUUUAGAGUCUGGUUCUCUAAAGAUCUGGAGAGGAAUUGUAAGUUCUAAGGCACUCAGUUUUUCUGAUUUAUAUACUAAUAAUCAGGGCCUAAGUUAAAAUUUAAGUACAAAUAUGUGUGCAUGUAUUUUAUAUGUGUGUAUGUAUCUAUCUAUAUAUUUAUAAUUUUUUUUAAAUUCCAGAUUCUCGCUGUAAAGAAGUUAUUGGCAGAAAUGAGGAGGGGAAACUGUCCACUAAGUAGAUUUUGUAAGACUAAGUUUCAGAAGGGCACGAACCAUAUUCUCCACUGCAGAGGUUUUCAACUUUGGCUGCACAUUGGAAUCACCUGGGGAGCUUUAAAAACCGUAGAGGCUUGGGCCCCAUCCCCUUACCCACAGAUUCAGAUUUAAUUGGUGUGGGGUGCAGCCUGGGCAUUGGAAUUUUUUUAAAGCUCCCUGGGUGAUUCUAACAUGCAGCCAGUUUUCAGAACUACUGCACUCAUAUAAUAGGCCCACUGUUUAACUUCAGUCUAUAAUUUUUUCGUGACUAAAAAUUGCAUUUAUCUGUUAUUUUUGAAAUUCCUUAUUAUUCACAGAACUCCCGGCCCUAAACAAAGCAUUUCUCUAUUGUCUCUUCUUAACAUAAGUUUUUAAUACAGUUUCUUUUUUUGUCCUUAAUCCUCUCAAAUUGUAAAAUUGGUCCUAUAAGCUAAUAUACACAUUUUAGGUAAUUGGGAGCUGGCAAUCUGUCUUUUUCUACCAAGAAAAUAAACUCAGAGGUGAUUUAUAAGUUUCUAAGCAUUUUUCAUCACAUUGGGCAAUUGCUUGAGCUCCAGAAAUGUGGCCAUCCACCAAAAGGCUAGCUGAUGAGAAACGCAGAGGCUCUCCUGGUGACAGGUUGGGGCGGUGGGAGAAUGGAUUAAGUCUUUGCUGUGAGAUUCCUGCCUCGCCACCUGGGCCAGCAUGCCAUAUAUUAUCUCCAGAGCUGGAAGAGCGUGCUUGUGAGAAGAUGAAAGGCGGACCCACAGUCUCAGGGAACACAACUCCAAAGCAGCCGCUAAGCUGAUGUUUAGAUUCGGGGGUGGGCAGGGGGGAUUUAUGGCUUCUCUUUCCCUAACUUCAUCAGCAGAGACACAUCCUCAUGCCAUUAAGCAGGUUACUUUGUUUUGAGAGGGGUGGGCAAUGAGGUGAUGGAUGAAGGUGUGGAUGCCUCAGAUACCUAGGUUUUCAUUCCCUAAGAGAGGGGGUGAUGUUUGGAUGAAUUCAGCUGAAAGGCAUUUCAGUACGAAGGAAUGCUCUUAGUCAAUUCGGUUUUGUUUUUUUCUGUUGUUCCUAGUUGGUAGGUACAUCAAUUCCUUUAUGACAAAGUUUGCUGAUUGUGUGAUGCACAGUUGGAGCUUACCCUUCAGAAUUCUCGUUAGGCUUGCAGAUACUUAUUAAACAAUGUUUAAUAACUUGAGAAAUUCCCCUGGAGGUGAAGACCUUUAAUAAGGUAAUGGAUUUGUAUCAUUACUGUUAGUCUUACUUGGUAAUAACCCAGUCUGCUAGAAAUGUGAGCAGACUCUCUGGGCUGGAGCUAAUUUUCAACAAAAGGUCAGUGAGAAAAAAAUCAAGGAAAGCCAUCCGCAUUUCUGCACUCACUAAUGACAAAAUGCCGUUCAUGUCUUACUGGACCAUUAAAAUCAUUUGGAAGAUAGAGCGUUUUUCAUCUUAUCUUCAGUGUGAGAAAGAAGCCAAUAAAAGAGCUUAAUUAGGCCCUUGUGUUGUGGAUAAGGGCAUGUAUAUUUUUUAUGUGAUAAACUUAGAGAAUGACUGAAUUGUGAUUUCUAAACAAGGAACUGUGCCCCACAGGCCAUCCAAAAAUAUCAGCCAGAGCAAGUGUAUUAGUCCAUUUCUGUUGCUUAUAACGAAAUACACUGACCUGGGUACUUUAUAAAGAAAACAAAAUUGUUUAGUUUCUGAGGCUGGGAAGUCAAAAGUCCAGGGAACACAUCUGGUGAGGGUCUCUCGGUGGUGGCAACAGUGACCCAGGGGUCUCACAUGGCAGAAAAUGGUGGAGCAGAGAGAAGAUUGUUUCUCAUGCACUCUCCUUUUAAAGCCCUCAGAACCCCAUUAUUAAUCCAUUCACUAGGACAUGGUCCUGCAAUCUAAUCACGUCCCCAAGGCCCCACCUUUCAAUUACCAUAAUGGGAUUUCCCACUCUCCCCACAAUCGCAGUGGGGGCCAAGUUUUUAAUACAUAAAACUUGACUGACACAAUUCAAGCUUCAAUGAGUUUUGGUGGGGACAUUCAAUCCACGAUAGCAAUCUUUCAAAAUGUUAUAUGUGAAGGUACAACAAAGUGUGGGUCAGAAAACAUCUUUAUAGUUGCAUUUUGUAAUUUUCCUAAGAUGGGCAAAAUGAUUAGUUUGGAUGUGAAAUGCAAUAGAUUUAAAAUUCAUCCUCAGAAAAGCUUAGAUGUCGUGAUUGUAACUGGUUGACUGGGGUUGGCAAACUAUGACUUGUAGGCCCCUUGCCUACAGUUUUUGAGCUAACAAUGGUUUUUAUAUUUUUCAAUAUAACAUGUUGGAAAAAGUCAAAAGAAUAAUAUGACAUGCAAAUUCUAUGAAAUUUAAAUUUCAGUCUCCAUAAAUAAAGUCUUCUUGGAAGGAA